AUGAUGGACGAUUCACCCAAAAAGAUGACGGGCACAUUGGCAAGUGAGGUGUCCAGGCUGAGCACCAUCUUGGAGCAAGAACCAGUCAAACUGGAUGCAGAUCCCAGUUCCCAUGAGCCCCUGGGUGGCAGAGAAUGGGUUGGAUCCAGCUUCUCAAUGUGUUCGGACAAGUUCAAGAACAGCAGCAGUUGUUUUUCCUCUGAUGAGUCAUACCAGCCUGACAGUGGAGAUGACUGCGCAGCUCUUCUUCUCGCCUGUCUUUAUUGUCGUUUCCAUGAGUUAAUGGUCCUCCUGCCGGAUACGUGUGAGAGGGCUGUGAGCCGCUGUUUCCCCUCAUACCAAUACAUCACAGCGUCCAGCGAGAGGGAGCAGCAGGGGAAGGAGCGCAGCAAUUACAAGCUGGAACUGGACUGUAACUGCUGCGGCUCCUGUCAGGACGCAGGAGAACUUAUAGAGCUGGCCAUGGAGAUAUCAGAGGUCUGCUAUCGCUGA